UGAAAAGGUAAGCAUUGUGUGAAAGUCGUACUGACUCGAGAGUACGUGCGUUCAGCGGUGUGCAUCGCUGCCAGCGCAGGAGACAAUACGCGAUGGAGGAACAGAUAGCAAAGGCUCUGAUUGAAACAGUUAACUUUGCUGCUGUAAAGCACAGGAAACAGCGCAGGAAAGACGAAGAUGCAACACCUUACAUCAACCAUCCUAUCGGUGUUGCCAGAAUCCUUACUCAUGAAGCAAACGUCUACGAUAUCCCAACGUUGCAGGCUGCAAUUUUACACGACACGGUUGAAGACACAGAUACUACAUUUGAGGAGAUUGAGCGAAACUUUGGCAGCAAAGUGCGCUCCAUUGUAGAAGAAGUGACAGAUGACAAGAGCCUGCCAAAGCAAGUGCGGAAGCAGCUGCAGAUCGAGCAUGCAUCAGGUUGCAGUCGAGAGGCAAAACUUGUGAAGCUGGCCGACAAACUGUACAACCUGCGGGACCUCCAGCGAUGCACACCAGUAGGCUGGAGCCGCAGCCGAGUGCAGGAAUAUUUCGGGUGGGCAGAGAAAGUAGUCCAUGGACUCCGUGGGACCAACAAACCAUUGGAGGAUGCUUUGGAUGAAGUGCUGAAGCAGUACUGAAGCUUCCCGAUGGUUUCACCUACCAAAUGAAAGGGUGUGUCCAGCUUCAAGCUGGUUACUUUUGUUACUUGAGAUCUGUGCAGGGAAGAUCUCGGUAGAUGCAAGUGAGUCUAGUGUUCUCACUGCUUUGAGGCAGUUAUUUAACGUGACAGUUUGAACUUGUGUAGUCAGCAUUUAAUGAACUACAAGACUGCUUCAUACAGUGUAGCAGAUAAGCUAGGAAGCCAAAGUAACAUCCGUUAGCUUGCCAAAUAAAUUGGAGAAGCCAAAUUAAAAGCUGAAUUGUUACAAUAUCAGUUUCAUGAUGCAUAUUGCUGAACUUGCUUAUAGUGUCAAAUAAGAACCAUCUUUCAAAUUUUCGCCCACAAGUAGCAUAAAUUUCAUUUGUGUCUCAAAUGUAUCUGUAAAUUUCACAUUGAGGUGGUCCAUGUAAAAAUUUUAAAUGCCUGCUUCGUUGGAGGACACCUAGCAAGAUGUUCUGGAAUGUUUAAUUGGAGUAAUUUUUGUUUUAGGUGAGAAAUAUUUUUUAAAGAGGUUUGGUCUCUACUCCAUGAAGCACCAUUGACUAGCAGUGCACCUUCACUGCAAUACACAGCUUAAUGUAGCGGGAAACCUUUCAUGCUCGUGGCAUUUUCCUCAGCAGAGCGUUGCAGGAGUUCCUGAGACUGCCAUGCCUCAAAUAUAGCUUUUGGCUGAUGCGUAUGGCAUAGAAUGACCCAAAUAUGAAUUUCAGUUAAAGGACACCAGCAUACCUUGGCCAAUUUCUAAAUGUCACAUUAUAUCCUUUGCAAGUUUUGGACCUUGCUUUCCGAUUGUGUAAAUGCCCAAAAGAUGGUUGCCAAAAAAUAGAAAUGAUGGUUACUCUGCAACUGGUCCUUUGUGCAUUCUUUCACAUCAUAUAUAACAUGAAAGCCAGGACAACGCAUGAGGUGCAGAGCAACUUUGUUUUAACCAUGUGUUGUCAACCACAUUAAAAAAAUUGCGCAAUGCAGGAAAGCCAGCCGACACCUUUCACAAUGGUCUCAUCUUGCAUUAGGCAACAAACAAGCAUGGAUUUUUCUUUUGCUACAGGUGUCGGUGGCUUGAGACUCUAAUUCAUGGUAUAAUCAUGAGGGCUGGCUCUUUUGCUUCCAAAGCUGUUCAAGGACUCUUGAAUGAUGAUUAGGCCAACACAAAGUUGCUACUGAUUGGUUUAAUGCACUCUGGGUGGCUGCAUUAGGAGUAGAUGUGGCAUGGUGGCUGAAAGUUGGGCAGCCAAGGGAGGCAUUACUGAAGUUAGCAUAUGAGCCAUUUGAGUAAACAGACCUUCAAGAUGCUGCAGUUAAUGGUAUACAGGUGCAUCACAGAAAAAAAUUCUUCACACUGUCUACAGUUUGAAAAACAGAACGCUCGAAAUGGAGUAAAUCACUAUGGAGGAAAAUUGAUUCAUUUACUUCUAAG